AUGCUUGUCCAUCAUCUAUGGCGACGACUGUUUACCACCACGACUACACGAUGGGCCGCUGCUAAACAGGUCCUCUCAGUGGAAGAGAAGAAGCGGUUGCUUAACCAGGAAGCUUACCGCAAAGAGAUCGAGCAACGGGUGUCCAAGAUCCCCAUCGAGCGUUACCGGAACUUCUCCAUCGUCGCUCACGUCGACCACGGCAAGCUGACGCUUAGUGAUCGGCUUUUGGAGCUUACAGGGGUGAUCCAGCCUGGGGGGAAACAGGUGCUUGACAAAUUGGAUGUGGAACGAGAGCGGGGGAUCACCGUUAAGGCGCAAACGGUGCUGAUGAUGUAUAACUACAAAGGCGAGGACUACUUGCUCCAUUUGGUCGAUACUCCCGGCCAUGUUGAUUUCAGAGCCGAAGUUUCCCGAAGCUACGCUCUGUGUGGCGGGGCGUUAUUGAUUGUCGACGCUCUGCAAGGUGUACAAGCCCAGACCGUGGCCAACUUCUAUUUGGCGUAUCUGAUGGGCCUCAAGUUGAUCCCCGUGAUUAACAAAAUCGAUUUGGAUGCUGCUGAUAUCCCGAAAGCGGUGGAACAAGUGGAACUGACGUUUGAGCUUGACCCGAACGAUUGUAUCCCCGUCAGUGCGAAGACGGGUCAAAAUGUCGGUGACAUCAUCCCCAAGAUCAUUGAGGAUAUUCCUGCUCCUACAGGCAAAGUGGACGCUCCUUUGAAGGCUCUUUUAGUUGACCUGUGGCACGAUCCUUACCUCGGGGUGGUGAUGCUUGUGCAUGUGGUUGACGGUGUCAUCAAGAAGGGAAUGAAGAUUUUACUGGCUCACCUGAACCGCAAGUACGACGUCAAGGAGGUGGGGAUCAUGUACCCAGAGAAGAUGCCGAUGGACCACAUCCAGGCGGGGCAAGUCGCCUACGUGGUGCCGGGGAUGAAGAACCUGCGGGAAGCGCUUGUGGGUGACACCUUCUUUGAAUUGGGUCACCAUGAAGGGCUUGAGCCGUUGCCAGGGUUUGAAGAAGUGAAACCCAUGGUGUUCGUCGGGGCGUUCCCUGCCGAUGGUACCGAAUUUAAUGUCAUGGACGACCACAUGCAAAACUUGGUAUUGAACGACAGACUGGUUACAUUGGAAAAAGAGACGCUGAAUGCCUUGGGACUUGGGUGGAGACUCGGGUUCUUGGGAUCGUUGCAUGCCCUGGUAUUCCAGGAACGUCUUGAGAAUGAGUACGGUGCCCGGAUCAUUAUGACGGCUCCGACGGUGCCGUAUAAGAUCAAGUACCGCAACGGUGAAGAGAAGAUCAUCACUAAUCCGGCUGAUUUCCCCGCUGGUGACCGUAACCAGCACGUGGAGGCGUUAUUGGAGCCUUACGUGGAAGCGAUCAUGACUAUCCCUCAAGAGUAUAUUGGGGUGGUGAUGACGCUUUGCGAGAAUGCUCGAGGCAUCCAAAAGGAAAUGGAGUAUCUCUCCACCGGUCAAGUGCUCUUGAAGUACGAUAUUCCCCUUGCUGAGCUUGUGGAGGAUUUCUUUGGCCGUUUAAAGGGGAACACCCGAGGCUACGCCUCGUUGGACUACGAAGAUCUGGGCUAUCGUAAAAGCGAUAUUGUCAAGAUGGAGCUUUGUGUCAACGGUGAGCCUCAGGAUGCGUUGACUACAAUUAUCCACCGGUCUAAAGCUCAGCAACGCGGUCGAGAAUACGUGCAACGGUUCAAGCAGUACCUCCGCCAUCAGUUGUUUGAAGUUGCCAUCCAAGCGAAGGUGAAUAAUAAGGCAGUGGCUCGAGAAACAAUCAAGGCCCGCCGUAAGGACGUAACCCAAAAGCUUCACGCCGCCGAUAUCUCGCGGUACAAGAAGUUGUUAGAGAGACAGAAGGAGGGGAAGAAGCAGAUGAAGGCGCUGGGGCGGGUGCACAUUGCCCACGAAGCCUACCAGCAGUUCUUGAGAAACGACAAGGCCGGCAAGUAG